AUGGCCCAGCCCUCGACUACUGGCUCCCAUCCUCACUUCCCUUCCUCGCCAUCCACUGCCACCGCACCGCCUGCACCCACGCCCCCCGGUGCAUACACAUCGAUCUUCGGCGGCGGCCCUCCGGUCGUCCCAACCUCACCGAUUGUCCUGCCAGCAGCACCAGCACCAGCAGCAGCACCGGCAACGCCCCAGGCAGCUGGACCUGGACUCGGUUCUGGCACCGGCCUCGGUCCCGGACCUGCGACCCUCACGGCCGCCAACCUCGCGCCCCCGCCUGCCCCCGGCACGUCGACGCCGGCCUCCGUAGCCUCGUCUUCUAACAACACCUACAUCAUGCCCAACUCGCCCAUGAAGAACCGCGGCGGCGGCAGCGGCUCGGACGGCUACCGACCCAAGGUCACGCGCACGCUCGGCCAGCGGCCGGCCUGUCUCGUCAAUGCGUCCGUCACGUACUGCGGCAACAACCAGAUCUUUGCCUUUGGCGGCUUUGACCAGUACACCGAUGAGGUGUACAACCACGUGCUGCGUCUCGACCUCGUCAGCCAGCAGUGGAGCCUCGUCGACAACUACGGCGACAUUCCUGGGGUGCGCAUGGGCCACACCGCCACGCUGUACCAGGGCGACAAGCUGCUGGUCUUUGGCGGCGAGAACGAGCACCGCACGUACCUGUCGGACCUGAUUGUGUUCGACCUCAAGACCGCCCACUGGACGCAGCCCGCCGUCACGGGACCCAUCCCCAAGGGCCGCGCGCGCCACGCCGCCGUCCUGCACGAAGACAAGCUGUUCAUCAUCGGCGGCAUAACAGGCCACGACAACUACGUGCUCGACGACAUCUGCUACCUCGACCUCAAGACCUUUUGCUGGUCACGUGCCUGGCGCUUCGUCGGCCGCUUCGACCACUCGGCCUAUAUCUGGGGCGACCGCGUGUGGGUCUUUGGCGGUCUGAGCGAAGACAUGGACAAGGUGAGCGACCUCUGGUGGCUGGACCUCAAGGGCACGCCCGCCUUCCAGUCGCCGCCCCAGAUCGGCAGCAGCCCCUACGACCGCCCCAACCUGGGCGGGCCCCCGCUGGGCAUGGGCGGCGGCAGCAGCCGCCAUGGCAGCGGAUCCCCGCGGCCCGGGUAUGCGCUGGCGCAGUCGCCGGCCGUCGGCGCGUCGGGCUAUGCGGCCAACUCCCGCACCGCGCAGGUGAACACGCCCUCGUUCCAGCUCAAGUCGUACGCGCCCGUGGCGCCCGGGUCCAUCUCGGCGCUCAAGUUCUUUUCGGGGCCCAACACGCCCAACCAGGGCUCGGGCAUCCACUUCCACGUCUACUCGGCCGGCAUGCUGCUCGACUUUGUCACGCCCGCGCCGACCAUUAUGUCGCGCGAGUGCUCCCUGUCGACGCUCGACCUGGCGACGCUGCGCUGGCAGAAACUGGCCGAGGGCCGCGAGAUCUUCAAGCCGGGCUACCGCUGGCACUACUGCACGAUGAACGAGGACGGCACCAAGGCCUGGCUGCUGGGCUGCCCGACGGACCCCAGCAACAGCGAGCUCGGCGCCAACGGCUUCGAGGAGUACCUGAGCGACAUUAUGGAGAUUGACCUGCGCCGCUACGGCUUCUUGGGCCACAGCGCGCCGCCCGAUGCCCACGGCAUGAUGGGCAUGGGCGGCGCCAUGAUGACGCGGCCGACCUCGCGCGUGCGCCACGCCAACGACCCGCCGUCCAUGGGUCUUGGGUCGGACCUGUCGCGCCUCUUUGACCAGCCGCCCGAGACGGGCAGCGGCGCCGACUUUAUCGUGACGGCCCACUCGGGCAACCCAGAAGACGACGAGAUGGACCACGAGGCGGAAGCGCCUGUGCGCGAUGGCGAUGUUGGUGGUGGCGGUGCUGCUGCAGGGCGAAACAACAACAACGACCACUGGCUGGCGCCCGAUGCACCGACCAGCCCGCCCAUUCAUGUGCAUCGGCUCAUCCUGCAGGCGCGCUGGCCGCACUUUGCACGGCUGUGGUCGUCGCAGAUGGCCGAGUUCCACACCAAGAAGAUGCACAUCCCAGAACCCUACAGCGUCGUCCGUGCCUUUUUGUUCUACCUCUACACCGACCGGAUUGAUCCGGCGCCCCCGCCGGAGGACGGACCGGGCAUGGACAUUGGGGGCAGCAGCAGCAGCGGCGGCGGCGGCGGCAGCGGUGCGGGCACCAAGCGCGGCCGCAGCCCGGGCGACGCAGGCGGCGGCAGUCGAAAUGGCGGUCCUCUCAACCGCCACCCCCACCACCACCACCACCAGCUCCGCCAAACCCACCACGACGCCGAUGCCCGCGGCCACCACAACCCGGCCCACGUGACGGCCGAUCUGUCCGACGUCGCGGGCCUGCUCGUCAUGUCCAACAUCUACAACAUCCCCCACCUGCGCCUGCUGUGCGUCAACCGGCUGUCCAAGGAGCUCGACGUGGACCACGCCUGCAUCAUUUGGCACUGCGCCAGCCUCGCCAACGAGCCCUGGCUGCGCAAGCGUGCCGCCAGUUUCUGCCUGACCCACUGGGGCCGCAUCGUGCGCUCGUCGGGGUUCCUGCGGCUGCCGCGCACCGCCAUUGUCGAGCUGUCGCAGGAGAUUGACACCGAGGGCCGCGUCAUUGGCGGCGACGAGCUGGACCUGUUUGGCUCGGCGCUCGAGGGCGCCGGCGGCGUCGGCGGUGCGCGCUUCUCGGACAAUGGCAGUGUCCUGUCGCGGCGCAAAGAGAGCAUCAGCAGCAGCCAUGCGUCGCAGAUGGCCGAGUCGGAGAUGGAAGACGACGAGGAGGAAGGCAUGGAUAUGAACUAG